GGGGAAGUGCGCGGGGCGCGAGGCGAGUGGCGGCAGGGAACUCGUACCUGGCUACCUUAGCGAGCUGAUGCAGACUUGCAGGGUGGAGCCCAACGUCGCAGCGUGAGCCGGUCACCCGAAUAGAGAGUACAUAGCGCUUUGCAUCUUUAAGGAAGUCUUUUUUUAAAAAAAGGUCUGAAUCGUAAGGCGCGCUUUAAAUGCCCAGCAUAUGCUUAGAGUUUAGAGACUGGAUUUGGAAGUUUCAUAUCAAGCAGCUUCCCGAGACAUUACUGGGAGACUAUGCACGUGUGUGUAAGGGCAGAAAUUCGGGCACGUAAAUGUGGUCUUUCUCGUAUCCAGAUACUCGGGGUCGCGUGUGCUCAGCCGGAACCUGGGCUUGUGCGCUCAGUCCGGAGCCCUGAUCUGUGAACAGGAUAUUAACAUUUUUAAUAGAAUUGCUUGGACUACUUAGACCAUCAGGAUUUGGGGAGGAACUCCAGAUUUUUCAUUUUUAAACUCUAAAUGUAUGAGAAAUUUACAGAAUGGAGAACGAAAAGGAAAAUCUCUUUUUCGAGCCACAUAAAAGGGGACUCAUGAAAACACCUCUGAAAGAUUCCACCAUGGCAAAUAUCGUCUUGGCAGAGAUCCAGCCUGACUUCGGCCCCUUAACCACGCCCACCAAACCCACGGAAGGCUCCCAGGGAGAGCCGUGGACACCCACGGCCAACCUGAAAAUGCUUAUUAGCGCCGUGAGCCCAGAGAUCCGCAGCAGAGAUCAGAAAAGGGGGCUGUUUGACAACAGUAAUGGAUUACCUGAAGCCAAAGACUGUUUACACGAACACUUAUCAGGAGAUGAAUAUGAGAAAUCCCAACCAAGUCGAAAAGAGAAAAGUUUAGGACUGUUGUGUCAUAAGUUCUUAGCACGAUAUCCUAAUUAUCCCAACCCUGCUGUGAAUAAUGACAUCUGCCUGGAUGAAGUAGCAGAGGAACUUAAUGUUGAGCGUCGACGCAUUUACGAUAUCGUGAAUGUCCUUGAGAGUUUACACAUGGUGAGCCGCCUCGCCAAAAACAGGUACACCUGGCAUGGGCGGCAGAAUCUUAACAAAACCCUCGGCACCUUGAAGAGCGUCGGAGAGGAGAAUAAGUAUGCUGAGCAGAUUAUAAUGAUCAAAAAGAAAGAAUACGAACAAGAGUUUGACUUUAUCAAGAGUUACAGUAUAGAGGAUCAUAUCAUCAAAUCAAACAGCGGCCAGAGCGGACACCCUGACAUGUGUUUUGUGGAACUCCCUGGAGUGGAAUUUCGGGCAGCUUCUGUAAACAGCCGCAAAGACAAGUCUUUACGAGUAAUGAGCCAGAAAUUUGUGAUGCUGUUUUUGGUGUCGACGCCUCAAAUAGUAAGCCUAGAAAUUGCUGCCAAGAUUUUAAUUGGGGAGGACCAUGUGGAAGAUUUGGAUAAAAGCAAGUUUAAAACAAAAAUUAGGAGGUUGUAUGAUAUAGCUAAUGUUCUGAGUAGCCUGGAUCUUAUCAAGAAAGUUCACAUUACAGAAGAAAGAGGCCGAAAGCCAGCUUUUAAAUGGACUGGCCCAGAAAUCAGUCCAAAUACCAGUGGCGCCAGCCCCAUUGUGCAUUUCACUCCCUCUGAUUUGGAGGUAAGGCGGUCUUCAAAAGAGAACUGUGCCAAAAACCUCUUUUCCACGCAUGGGAAACCAAACUUUACUCGGCAUCCAUCCCUUAUCAAACUGGUAAAGAGUAUAGAAAGUGAUCGGAGAAAGAUAAAUUCUGCGCCCAGUAGCCCUAUCAAGACAAUCAAAGCUGAGAGUUCUCAGAAUUCAGCACCCUUCCCAAAUAAGAUGGCUCAGCUUGCGGCUAUUUGCAAAAUGCAGUUAGAAGAACAGUCAAGUGAGCCCAGAAAGAAAGUGAAAGUACAGCUAACAAGACCUGGGUACUGCAAGCCUGUGGUCCCUCUAGACAACUCCGUGAAUGCCGAGCAGGAGCUGACUGCACCAUCCCUCAUGCAGCCCCUGGGGGUGGUACCCUUGAUCCCCAGCCCGUUGUCAUCGGCGGUGCCCAUGAUCCUACCUCAGGCCCCUUCGGGUCCAUCUUAUGCCAUCUACCUGCAGCCCGCCCAAGCCCAGACCAUGACACCACCCCAAGGCCUGAGCCCAAAAUUCUGCCCCACCCACUCUUCUAAAGCUAUUGGAUCAAAAGACUCCACAGAUGUCCCCACCGAGAAGACGGUCAACAAUGCCCCCAAAUCCAGUGUCUCCACCAGGCCUGGGAGCUGGUUGCCGGCACCAGAGAGGCAAGGUGCAAAGAACCGAAACAGGGAGCUGGCUGGAGAAAGAGGCUCAAAGAGGGCGGGCAUACUCGAGGACAGUGGUGCCCCCAAAAAAUGUAAAGAGGAACUAAAAGGACUUGACAGUGUCUCCGCAACCUUGUUCCCAUCAGGAUACCUAAUCCCUCUCACACAGUGCUCAGCCCUGGGGGCAGAGUCCAUGUUGUCUAGUAAAGAAAACUCAUGCACUCUUUCCCCAAACCACAGGAUCUACGGCCCCCCGCUUACAGGUGUUGUUCCAGUGACAUCAUCUGAACUCACUGCUGUUAAUUUUCCCUCUUUUCAUGUAACACCUUUGAAGCUAAUGGUCUCACCAACAUCCGUGGCAGCCGUACCUGUCGGGAACAGUCCGGCUCCCACUUCGAGCCACCCCAUUCCCAUCCAGAACCCAAGUUCAGCCAUUGUAAACUUCACCCUACAGCACCUAGGACUCAUCUCCCCCAGUGUGCAGGUGUCUGCCAGCCCUGGGCCUGGAAUCAUUCCUGUGUCUCCAAGAAUAGAGGCUGUUAGUGUCGUCCCAGAAAAUGCAGGCACUCAGCAGGCAAGGGCCACCCACUGUGACUCGCCAAUCCUGGGCCAGAAUCAACCAAAUGGACAAUCAGCUACUAUGACGGGGACACAACAGCCUGUUCCUGUGACACCCAAGGGGUCACAAUUGGUGGCCGAAAGUUUCUUCCGUACCCCGGGAGGACCCCUCAAGCCAACCAGCUCAUCCUGUGUGGAUUUUGAUGGUGCUAAUAAAACCUCUUUAGGAACUCUCUUUGUCCCACAGCGAAAACUGGAAGUCUCGACGGAGGAUGUCUGUUAAUUGACAGAUGUUGGCUUCGUUUAACUUUCUAAAGAGUUGUUUCAUGGAGAAGAUGUACAUAGACUGAUUUGGAGAACACAUUCUCCGAAAAUACUGUAAAUACGUUGGGGGUUUGCUCAGUGUCAAACCAGAUACUUGUUUUCGUACGUGUAUAUAUAUAUAUAUAUAUGUAUACACACACACAUACACAUAUAUAUUUGUAUAAAGCAAAGUUUAGCCUUCAGUCCUAUAAAAUAAAAGCAAAAUGUUGAACUAAGAUAUAUUAACUUUUAGAGGGAAAGAUUCCUUAUUUCAGCUGUGCCUAUACUAUUAUGUAAAGUAACUAUUAAAGUUUACUUCCCUCUGAGUAAAUAUGUUGACAUGCCUAGCACAGCAUUCUCUCCAACCUUUUUGCACAAAGAAAGUGCUGUGUGAUGUACAAUGUUGUAUUUUUAAAUAGGGCUAUAGCUAUAUUUUUUUGUAAUUUUUUAACCUGUUGCAAUAUGUCUUUUUUUGUAAAGUUCGCAACAAUCUUCAAUCAAGUCUAUGGAAAAAUUAUUUAUAAAAUGUAUUUUUAAUCAUAAGUUGUUCAAAUUAAAACUUUUCUAAAAU